AUGGUUCAACUCUCAGGAUUCACUGACGUCAUCGUCACCAAAGAAGGUCCAAUUGGGCAAAUCAAGUUCAAUCGCCCAAAGUCCUUGAACGCUUUCGGUGGCAUGUUGGUGCUCGAUACUCUGAAAGCCCUCCGUGACUUUGACAAGGAUCCGUCAAUCAUCUUCACAGUAAUCACUGGUGAAGGAAGAUUCUUCAGUUCGGGUGCUGAUGUCCGAGCUUUUGGCAGCGCUCCACAUACCCCUGCUGUACCAACGACCGAAUUGGAAGGCAAGGUUGCCUACAUCAACAACGGUGCUGUUCCAAUUGAGUUGGUCCGAGCUAUGAUUGACCACAAGAAGGUCCUCAUUAUGGCUUUGAACGGUGGUGCUGUUGGUGGUGGAUGUGCAUGGUUCCUCGGAGCUGCUGACAUCGUUUUGGCCACUCAGUCUGCCUACCUCCAAGUGCCAUUCAGCGCAUUGGCCUUGGUACCUGAAAUGGGUUCCAGAAUGUUUGCCGAACACGUAGGAGUUCGCAGAACCACCGAAUUCUUGAUGUUUGGCCGAAAGAUCAACACAACCGAAAUGUUGGACUGGGGCAUCGUCAAUCAAGUCUUCCCAGAUGCGACCUUCAAGUCUGACGUCGCCCAGUACUUGGCAACUCAACUCGAAGUUAACGAUCACAAGUCCAUGUUGGAAACCAAGCGAUUGAUUGUUGAACCACUCAGAGAAGGCAGAAUAAACGCUCUCUUCAGAGCCCAAGAUGGCCUCGCUGAAGCCAUGGCAGUAAAGAGACCAAUGAAGAGAUUUGCUGAAAAGGCCGCCAAGAUGGUUGCUAAAUCCAAAUCCGCUAAAUUGUAA